CUUGGAUCUGGAUGCUGCUGAGAAGAGGAGAAUUCAUUUAAUGAGGAGUUAUGAAGGAAUAAUGUAACUGAAAGCCAGUCUCGUAGCCUUCAUGUUAAAUAAGUCAACCUACAUGAUGAUUGAAGAUAAUAAAGAGAAUGAAGACAAUGCAUCUGAAAGAGGAAGGACAGCCAUCAUUUUUUCCUUGAAGAAUGAAGUUGGAGGACUUGUAAAAGCAUUAAAACUCUUUCAGGAGAAGCAUGUCAAUCUGGUACACAUCGAGUCACGAAAGUCCAAGAGACGAAAUUCUGAGUUUGAGAUCUUUGUGGACUGUGACAGUAAAAGGGAACAACUGAAUGAGAUCUUCCAGCUCCUGAAAUCCCACGUCAAUGUUGUCUCUGUGAGCCCAGCAGAGCAUUUCAACGGCCACGAAGAUGACAUGGAGAAUGUUCCCUGGUUUCCGAAGAAGAUCUCAGAUUUGGAUAAGUGUGCGAACCGAGUGCUGAUGUACGGGUCUGAUUUGGAUGCUGACCAUCCAGGUUUCAAAGACAAUGUCUAUCGCAAGAGGCGAAAGUAUUUUGCAGACCUGGCUAUGAACUACAAACAUGGUGACCCAAUUCCCAAGAUUGAAUUCACUGAGGAGGAGAUCAAGACUUGGGGGACUGUGUACCGAGAGCUCACCAACCUUUACCCAACUCAUGCCUGCAGAGAGUACCUUAAAAACCUACCUUUGCUCACCAAAUACUGUGGCUAUAGGGAAGACAAUAUCCCCCAGAUGGAAGAUGUGUCCCGCUUCCUGAAAGAGCGUACAGGUUUCACCAUUCGCCCUGUUGCUGGAUAUCUGUCGCCCAGAGACUUUUUGGCAGGAUUAGCAUUCAGAGUUUUUCACUGCACUCAAUAUGUCAGACACAGCUCGGACCCUCUCUAUACGCCAGAGCCUGAUACAUGCCAUGAGCUCCUAGGCCAUGUCCCUCUUUUGGCUGAACCCAGUUUUGCUCAGUUCUCCCAGGAAAUUGGUCUUGCAUCACUUGGGGCCUCAGAUGAGGCUGUCCAAAAACUGGCAACAUGCUACUUCUUCACUGUAGAGUUUGGCUUGUGCAAGCAAGAGGGACAACUACGAGUUUAUGGGGCUGGCUUGCUCUCUUCGAUUAGUGAGCUCAAGCACUCACUCUCUGACACUGCCAAAGUCAAGCCUUUUGAUCCGAAGGUCACCUGCAAGCAAGAAUGUCUCAUUACAACUUUCCAGGAGGUUUACUUUGUUUCUGAAAGUUUUGAAGAAGCAAAGGAAAAGAUGAGAGAGUUCGCAAAAACCAUCAAGCGCCCAUUUGGUGUGAAAUACAAUCCAUACACACAGAGCGUGCAGAUUCUGAAAGACACAAAAAGCAUUGCCAGCGUGGUGAAUGAGCUACGUCAUGAGCUGGACAUUGUCAGCGACGCCCUCAGCAAGAUGGGCAAGCAGCUGGAAGUUUAACACCCUGUCAGCAGUGUGGUGCAAUCCGAUUCUUUUCCUUUCCCUACUGAUCUCUUUCAUAGGCUUAUAAUGUGUUGUAGACAGAACUCAUUCCUUUACAAAUAGAAGAGUGAAUGGCUCGUAAGAAUAACAAUGUUAUCUUGUUUCUCUGUGUACUGUCCCUUAUUUGAUGUGUUUCUCUUAUCACCCUUAGAUAAAAAAGGUCCAGAGUUGCCUUUUAGAAUCUGGUAGGGAGUAGAGAAAGUGCUAGAUUGGAGAAGAAGUGUGGUUUUUGAAUCAGGACUGGGAUCAAAUGCCCCAGAAGGUGGCUUAUGAGGCAAUAAUGGAAUAAUUCACCGUAGGGAGAUGCCCAUUUCUGACUCCAGUACUCUAUGGUACUGAUUUUUUGACAUUGAAGACUUGUUAACGUAGAGGCUGUGGUAAUCAGUGCUUCUAAGUUGUACUACUAAGUUUAAAACUUGAAUGAUUACAGUGCACGCAUCAGGACACAAAUAGCUGGAGGUUUGAUAUGAUCAAAUGGAGGGGUCAAAUCUUGCUUUCAGAGGGAUUAUUCUUGCCACCAGAGGACUGCAAAUGUGCUGUUUGGCAUGUUUCUAGUACAAGGCAGAGGUACAGAUGU